AUGGGGACUACAGGACUUCAGUUCACGUUAUGGCUCAUCUACCUGACGCUGCUGGUCAGCUCACUCACUCAGACUGUAACCAUCGUUCCUCCUGUUAACACACUAAACCUCAAUUCAGGUAAUUCAUCUCACAUCGGCCGUGUGUGCACGACUUGGGGACACUAUCACUGGAAGACCUUUGAUGGAGAGUUCUUUCAGCUUGCCUCUACUUGUAACCAUGUCGUGGCAUCACAGUGUAAAGGCAGCUAUGAGAAUUUCAACAUCCAGAUGAGGCGCAAAAUAGUCAACGACAUCCCUACUAUCAGCAAGAUCAUCAUCAAGCUGGAAGGUUCUGUGGUGGAGCUGUCCAGCAGUGCUGUGAUUUUCAAUGGCAAGACCGUGUCACUGCCAAUGGUCUCAUUCGGGGUGACUAUUAAGGGGUCCACAUCUAGUAUCGUUGUUGAAACUAAGCUGGGAAUCAGAUGUGUCUGGAACCUGGAUGACUCUCUGGAUCUUGAAAUAGAUGACAAAUACCAGAACCAGAUCUGUGGACUGUGUGGAGACUUUGACGGUGUGGCCAAUGAGUUGGUGAAAGAUGGAGUUUCACUGUCUGUGUCAGACUAUGCUGAGGCCUACAAGGUGAAUGAGCCAACAGAGACCUGUGAGGAGCCUGAGCUCAACCCAGUCCUGAGCUGUGGAGAUAAGAAAUUCUGUGAGCAGUUCUUCUCCAGUGAUCCAUUUAGCAGUUGCCAAAACCUUCUGGAUUUGGAAUCCUUCAGUAAAGCCUGCAUGGCUGAUAUGUGCAACUCUAAAGACAACACUGACUCUGUCCUCUGUAAAACCAUCUCAGAGUUCUCCAGAGAGUGUGUCCAUGCCGGCGGCAAGCCCCAACCAUGGAGGAAUACUACUUUUUGUUACAAAAAAUGUCCUUACAACAUGGAGUUCACAGAGUGUAGCAGCUCUUGCCCUGACAGCUGCUCCAACCCUCAGGCCAGCCAGACAUGUGACAAUCACUGCCAGGAUGGCUGCAGUUGCCCUGCUGGAACGGUCUUCGAUGAUAUCAGUAACACUGGCUGUAUUACAGCUGAGCAGUGUCCAUGUACGCACAACGACAAAACCUAUAAGUCAGGAGAGUCUUACUCUUUCAACUGUAGAUCCUGUGUGUGUCAGAGUGGCCAAUGGAAAUGUACAGAGGAGAACUGUCCAGGAACCUGCUCUGUGGAGGGAGGAGCCCACAUCAACACCUUCGAUGGGAAAGUCUAUACCUUCCAUGGGGACUGCUCUUAUGUUAUGGCUAAGCAAAGUAAUGGCUCUGCAUACACUGUACUGGUGGACCUGGUCAAGUGUGGUCUGGCUGACAGUAGGACCUGCCUCAGAGCUGUAACUCUUGCCUUAUACGGAAAUUCUGUGGUUGUGAAAAUUCAGGCAUCUGGGCAGGUCUAUGUGAACCAGAUUGUCUCUCAGCUUCCACUGUUUACGCCUGAGCUGAGUGCCUUCAGACCAUCAUCCUUCUACAUCGUCAUAAACACCAAGGUGGGCUUACAAAUGAUGGUCCAGCUGUCCCCCAUGAUGCAGGUCUUCAUCUCAGCUCACCCUUCACUCAAAGGAACCACCUCUGGUUUGUGUGGGAACUUCAACAACAAAAUGAGUGAUGAUUUCAGGGUGAUGAAUGGGCUGGUGGAGGGCACUGCUUCAGCCUUUGCCAACACUUGGAAAACCAGAGCCAAUUGCCCUGAUGUCACCACACGCUUUGGACACCCCUGUAGCCAGGGCAUCAGCAAGGAGAGUUAUGCCCAGUACUGGUGCUCCAAGUUAACAGAUCCCAAGGGAGUGUUUGCUCGUUGCCACUCUAUCAUCAGUCCUGACAUAUACAAAGAUAACUGCAUGUAUGACAGCUGUAACUGUGAGAAAAGUGAGGACUGCAUGUGUACUGCAGUGUCCUCCUAUGUCUAUGCCUGUUCAGCAGCAGGAAUCCAGAUCACCGGCUGGAGGGCAACCAUCUGUGGUAAAUUCAGCACAUCUUGUCCUGCCGGAUCAGUGUAUGACUACAAAAUGACCUGCUGUGGUCGUACCUGCCAUUCCCUCAGUCAGGUUGACUACUCCUGCCAGACCAGCUUCACCACAGUGGAUGGCUGUGGCUGUGCCGAGGGAACCUAUAUGAACGAGGAAGGCCAGUGUGUGGCCAAGACAAGCUGUCCCUGCUAUGAUAAAGAUACCAUUAUUCCUGCUGGACAGGCUAUCACCAAAGAUGGCGCCACAUGCAUCUGCAGACAAGGAGCUCUCAGCUGCUCAGGAGGGAAACGACCACAAUCCUCUACAACAUGCAUUGCCCCCAUGGUUUACUUUGAUUGCUCCACUGCUCAGCCUGGGGUGACUGGGACUGAGUGUCAGAAGAGCUGCAACUCUCUGGACAUGGGUUGUAUCAGUACUGGCUGUAUAUCAGGCUGCAUGUGCCCUGAUGGCCUGGUGUCAGAUGGAUCAGGAGGUUGUAUCAAAGAGACCAACUGUCCAUGUCUGCACAAUGGACAGGUGUACCAGCCUGGACAGACGCUGACUGUGGACUGCAACACCUGCUAUUGCAGUGGCAAGACAUUCAGAUGUACCACCAACGUGUGUGAUGCAGUUUGUGGGAUCUAUGGUGAUGGCCACUACACCACAUUUGAUGAUAAGAGGUUUGACUUCAAUGGCCAGUGUGAAUAUACACUCCUCCAGGACUACUGUGGUUCUAGUCAGGGCAGUGGAAGCUUCCGAAUUAUCACUGAGAAUGUUCCAUGUGGAAGCACAGGAACCACCUGCUCCAAGACCAUCAAGAUUUUUGUUGGGGAUAAUGAAUUCCAGCUUAAAGAUGAGAACUUCCAGGUGGUAAAGGGCAGCAGCCAGGUGUUCCCUUCUCAGUUACAGAAGAUGGGUAUUUAUCUGGUAUUGACGGUCAAACCAGGACUUGUGCUCAUGUGGGACCAGAAGACCAGUCUUUUUAUUAAACUCAGUCCAAAGUAUGAGGGUCAAGUAUGUGGUCUGUGUGGAAACUACGAUGGUAACAGUAAGAAUGACUUCACCACACGCUCCCAGGAGACAGUAGCAGAUGUUUUACAAUUUGGCAAUAGUUGGAAAGCUUCAUCCAGUUGCCCCAAUGCCCAACUCAUCACUGAUCCCUGUGCUUCCAACCGCUACCGGGCAGCCUGGUCCCAGAAACAGUGUAGCAUCAUCACCAGUGCCACCUUCAAGAGCUGUCAUUCAAAGGUUGACCCAGGGCCAUUCUUCGAUUCUUGUGUGAGAGACUCUUGUGCUUGUGACACCGGUGGGGACUGUGAGUGUCUCUGCACUGCUGUGGCUGCCUACGCCAAAGCUUGUAAUGAAGUUGGAGCAUGUGUGAAAUGGAGAACUCCCAAGCUGUGCCCUAUUUUCUGUGACUACUAUAACUCCCCUGAUGGCUGUGAGUGGCACUACAAACCUUGUGGAGCUGACUGCAUGAAGACAUGUAGGAAUCCAUCAGGAAACUGUUCCAACCUCAUCAAUGCCCUGGAAGGCUGCUAUCCACAGUGUCCUCCAACCCAGCCAUUCUUUGAUGAAGACACAAUGAAGUGUGUCACCUGGGGCCAAUGUGGCUGCUAUGAUGACAAAGGCACCCAUUACAGCAUUGGAGAUAAGGUUCCGUCAGACGAAUGUACCACUUGCUCCUGCACAGUCUCUGGAAUAAGGUGCAACUACGAUGUGAACUUUUGUACAUGCUUCAUUAAUGGAAAAAUCUACAAAUAUGGGGCUACCAUCUACAACACAACGGAUGGAUUAGGACACUGCAUCACAGCUGUGUGUGGGCCAAAUGGCACCAUAAUCAGAAACAUCUUCCCAUGCUUAACCACUACCACUGCUGUCCCGACAACAACUCCCUUUAGAUUCAGCACGGCUAUAAAAACAACGCCAGGAACUACCACCAAACCUGGAGAAACAACCAUAUCAGAGGAAACAACAAUACAGGUUGAGACAACUAAACCACCUAAAAUAGUCACCACUGGCCCAGUCACGACCGCCACCACUGGUGUUGUUGAAACUACAACUUCAUUCCCAGGGGAAACAACCAAGAGUCAAGAAACAACAGUGGUUACAUCCAAACCCUCUAUUGUUACAACCACUACAAAGGGGCCAUCAAUAACAACAAAAGGAACCACCACCAAACCUGGAGAAACAACCAUAUCAGAGGAAACAACAAUACAGGUUGAGACAACUAAACCACCUAAAAUAGUCACCACUGGCCCAGUCACGACCGCCACCACUGGUGUUUUUGAAACUACAACUUCAUUCCCAGGGAGAACAACAAAGAAUCAAGAAACAACAUUGGUUACAUCCAAACCCUCUAUUGUUACCACCGGUACAAAAAGACCAUCAAUAACGACGAAAGGAACUACCACCAAACCUGGAGAAACAACCAUAUCAGAGGAAACAACAAUACAGGUUGAAACAACAAAACCCCCUAAAAUAGUCACCACUGGCCCAGUCACAACCGCCACCACCGGUGUUGUUGAAACUACAACUUCAUUCCCAGGGGAAACAACCAAGAGUCAAGAAACAACAGUGGUUACAUCCAAGCCCUCUAUUGUUACCACCAUUACAAAAGGACCAUCAAUAACGACGAAGGGAACUACCACCAAACCUGGAGAAACAACCAUAUCAGAGGAAACAACAAUAAAGGUUGAGACAACAAAACCACCUAAAAUAGUCACCACUGGCCCAGUCACAACCGCCACCACCGGUGUUGUUGAAACUACAACUUCAUUCCCAGGGGAAACAACCAAGAGUCAAGAAACAACAGUGGUUACAUCCAAACCCUCUAUUGUUACCACCACUACAAAAGGACCAUCAAUUACAACGAAGGGAACUACCACCAAACCUGGAGAAACAACCAUAUCAGAGGAAACAACAAUACAGGUUGAGACAACAAAACCACCUAAAAUAGUCACCACUGGCCCAGUCACAACCGCCACCACCGGUGUUGUUGAAACUACAACUUCAUUCCCAGGGGAAACAACCAAGAGUCAAGAAACAACAGUGGUUACAUCCAAACCCUCUAUUGUUACCACCACUACAAAAGGACCAUCAAUAACGACGAAGGGAACUACCACCAAACCUGGAGAAACAACCAUAUCAGAGGAAACAACAAUACAGGUUGAGACAACAAAACCACCUAAAAUAGUCACCACUGGCCCAGUCACAACCGCCACCACCGGUGUUGUUGAAACUACAACUUCAUUCCCAGGGGAAACAACCAGAAGUCAAGAAACAACAGUGGUUACAUCCAAACCCUCUAUUGUUACCACCACUACAAAAGGACCAUCAAUAACGACGAAGGGAACUACCACCAAACCUGGAGAAACAACCAUAUCAGAGGAAACAACAAUACAGGUUGAAACAACAAAACCUCCUAAAAUAGUCACCACUGGCCCAGUCACAACCGCCACCACCGGUGUUGUUGAAAGUACAACUUCAUUCCCAGGGGAAACAACAAGAAGUCAAGAAACAACAGUGGUUACAUCCAAGCCCUCUAUUGUUACCACCACUACAAAAGGACCAUCAAUUACAACGAAGGGAACUACCACCAAACCUGGAGAAACAACCAUAUCAGAGGAAACAACAAUACAGGUUGAGACAACAAAACCUCCUAAAAUAGUCACCACUGGCCCAGUCACAACCGCCACCACCGGUGUUGUUGAAACUUCAACUUCAUUCCCAGGGGAAACAACCAGAAGUCAAGAAACAACAGUGGUUACAUCCAAGCCCUCUAUUGUUACCACCACUACAAAAGGACCAUCAAUUACGACGAAGGGAACUACCACCAAACCUGGAGAAACAACCAUAUCAGAGGAAACAACAAUACAGGUUGAGACAACUAAACCACCUAAAAUAGUCACCACUGGCCCAGUCACAACCGCCACCACCGGUGUUGUUGAAAGUACAACUUCAUUCCCAGGGGAAACAACAAGAAUCACAACCGCCACCACCGGUGUUGUUGAAACUACAACUUCAUUCCCAGGGGAAACAACCAGAAGUCAAGAAACAACAGUGGUUACAUCCAAGCCCUCUAUUGUUACCACCACUACAAAAGGACCAUCAAUUACGACGAAGGGAACUACCACCAAACCUGGAGAAACAACCAUAUCAGAGGAAACAACAAUACAGGUUGAGACAACUAAACCACCUAAAAUAGUCACCACUGGCCCAGUCACGACCGCCACCACUGGUGUUGUUGAAACUACAACUUCAUUCCCAGGAGAAACAACCAAGAAUCAAAAAACAACAUUGGUUACAUCCAAACCCUCUAUUGUUACCACCGCUACAAAAGGACCAUCAAUAACGACGAAAGGAACUACCACCAAACCUGGAGAAACAACCAUAUCAGAAGAAACAACAAUACAGGUUGAGACAACAAAACCACCUAAAAUAGUCACCACUGGCCCAGUCACAACUGCCACCACCGGUGUUGUUGAAACUACAACUUCAUUCCCUGGGGAAACAACCAAGAGUCAAGAAACAACAGUGGUUACAUCCAAACCCUCUAUUGUUACCACAACUACAAAAGGACCAUCAAUAACAACAAAGGGAACUACCACCCAACCUGGAGAAACAACCAUAUCAGAGGAAACAACAAUACAGGUUGAGACAACAAAACCACCUAAAAUAGUCACCACUGGCCCAGUCACAACCGCCACCACCGGUGUUGUUGAAACUACAACUUCAUUCCCAGGGGAAACAACCCGAAGUCAAGAAACAACAGUGGUUACAUCCAAGCCCUCUAUUGUUACCACCACUACAAAAGGACCAUCAAUAACGACGAAGGGAACUACCACCAAACCUGGAGAAACAACCAUAUCAGAGGAAACAACAAUACAGGUUGAGACAACUAAACCACCUCAAAUAAUCACCACUGGCCCAGUCACGACCGCCACCACUGGUGUUGUUGAAACUACAACUUCAUUCCCAGGGGAAACAACCAAGAGUCAAGAAACACCAUUGGUUACAUCCAAACCCUCUAUUCUUACCACCGCUACAAAAAUACCAUCAAUAACGACGAAAGGAACUACCACCAAACCUGGAGAAACAACCAUAUCAGAGGAAACAACAAUACAGGUUGAGACAACUAAACCACCUAAAAUAGUCACCACUGGCCCAGUCACAACCGCCACCACCGGUGUUGUUGAAACUACAACUUCAUUCCCUGGGGAAACAACCAAGAGUCAAGAAACAACAGUGGUUACAUCUAAACCCUCUAUUCUUACCACCGCUACAAAAAUACCAUCAAUAACGACGAAAGGAACUACCACCAAACCUGGAGAAACAACCAUAUCAGAGGAAACAACAAUACAGGUUGAGACAACAAAACCACCUAAAAUAGUCACCACUGGCCCAGUCACAACCGCCACCACUGGUGUUGUUGAAACUACAACUUCAUUCCCAGGGGAAACAACCAGAAGUCAAGAAACAACAGUGGUUACAUCCAAGCCCUCUAUAGUUACCACCACUACAAAAGGACCAUCAAUAACGACGAAGGGAACUACCACCAAACCUGGAGAAACAACCAUAUCAGAGGAAACAACAAUACAGGUUGAGACAACUAAACCACCUAAAAUAGUCACCACUGGCCCAGUCACGACCGCCACCACUGGUGUUGUUGAAACUACAACUUCAUUCCCAGGGGAAACAACCAGAAGUCAAGAAACAACAGUGGUUACAUCCAAGCCCUCUAUUGUUACCACCAUUACAAAAGGACCAUCAAUAACGACGAAGGGAACUACCACCAAACCUGGAGAAACAACCAUAUCAGAGGAAACAACAAUACAGGUUGAGACAACAAAACCACCUAAAAUAGUCACCACUGGCCCAGUCACGACCGCCACUACUGGUGUUGUUGAAACUACAACUUCAUUCCCAGGGGAAACAACCAAGAGUCAAGAAACAACAGUGGUUACAUCCAAACCCUCUAUUGUUACCACCACUACAAAAGGACCAUCAAUAACUACAAAAGGAACUACCACAAAACCUGGAGAGACAACCAUAUCAGAGGAAACAACAAUACAGGUUGAGACAACUAAACCACCUAAAAUAGUCACCACUGGCCCAGUCACAACUGCCACCACUGGUGUUGUUGAAACUACAACUUCAUUCCCUGGGGAAACAACCAAGAGUCAAGAAACAACAGUGGUUACAUCCAAACCCUCUAUUGUUACCACCACUACAAAAGGACCAUCAAUAACAACAAAGGGAACUACCACCAAACCUGGAGAAACAACCAUAUCAGAGGAAACAACAAUACAGGUUGAGACAACAAAACCACCUAAAAUAGUCACCACUGGCCCAGUCACAACCGCCACCACUGGUGUUGUUGAAACUACAACUUCAUUCCCAGGGGAAACAACCAAGAGUCAAGAAACAACAGUGGUUACAUCCAAGCCCUCUAUUGUUACCACCGCUACAAAAGGAUCAUCAAUUACGACGAAGGGAACUACCACCAAACCUGGAGAAACAACCAUAUCAGAGGAAACAACAAUACAGGUUGAGACAACAAAACCACCUAAAAUAGUCACCACUGGCCCAGUCACAACCGCCACCACUGGUGUUGUUGAAACUACAACUUCAUUCCCAGGGGAAACAACCAAGAGUCAAGAAACAACAGUGGUUACAUCCAAGCCCUCUAUUGUUACCACCGCUACAAAAGGACCAUCAAUUACGACGAAGGGAACUACCACCAAACCUGGAGAAACAACCAUAUCAGAGGAAACAACAAUACAGGUUGAGACAACAAAACCACCUAAAAUAGUCACCACUGGCCCAGUCACAACCGCCACCACUGGUGUUGUUGAAACUACAACUUCAUUCCCAGGGGAAACAACCAGAAGUCAAGAAACAACAGUGGUUACAUCCAAGCCCUCUAUAGUUACCACCACUACAAAAGGACCAUCAAUAACGACGAAGGGAACUACCACCAAACCUGGAGAAACAACCAUAUCAGAGGAAACAACAAUACAGGUUGAGACAACUAAACCACCUAAAAUAGUCACCACUGGCCCAGUCACGACCGCCACCACUGGUGUUGUUGAAACUACAACUUCAUUCCCAGGGGAAACAACCAGAAGUCAAGAAACAACAGUGGUUACAUCCAAGCCCUCUAUUGUUACCACCAUUACAAAAGGACCAUCAAUAACGACGAAGGGAACUACCACCAAACCUGGAGAAACAACCAUAUCAGAGGAAACAACAAUACAGGUUGAGACAACAAAACCACCUAAAAUAGUCACCACUGGCCCAGUCACAACCGCCACCACUGGUGUUGUUGAAACUACAACUUCAUUCCCAUGGGAAACAACCAAGAGUCAAGAAACAACAGUGGUUACAUCCAAACCCUCUAUUGUUACCACCACUACAAAAGGACCAUCAAUAACAACAAAGGGAACUACCACCAAACCUGGAGAAACAACCAUAUCAGAGGAAACAACAAUACAGGUUGAGACAACAAAACCACCUAAAAUAGUCACCACUGGCCCAGUCACAACCGCCACCACUGGUGUUGUUGAAACUACAACUUCAUUCCCAGGGGAAACAACCAAGAGUCAAGAAACAACAGUGGUUACAUCCAAGCCCUCUAUUGUUACCACCGCUACAAAAGGACCAUCAAUUACGACGAAGGGAACUACCACCAAACCUGGAGAAACAACCAUAUCAGAGGAAACAACAAUACAGGUUGAGACAACAAAACCACCUAAAAUAGUCACCACUGGCCCAGUCACAACCGCCACCACUGGUGUUGUUGAAACUACAACUUCAUUCCCAGGGGAAACAACCAGAAGUCAAGAAACAACAGUGGUUACAUCCAAGCCCUCUAUAGUUACCACCACUACAAAAGGACCAUCAAUAACGACGAAGGGAACUACCACCAAACCUGGAGAAACAACCAUAUCAGAGGAAACAACAAUACAGGUUGAGACAACUAAACCACCUAAAAUAGUCACCACUGGCCCAGUCACGACCGCCACCACUGGUGUUGUUGAAACUACAACUUCAUUCCCAGGGGAAACAACCAGAAGUCAAGAAACAACAGUGGUUACAUCCAAGCCCUCUAUUGUUACCACCAUUACAAAAGGACCAUCAAUAACGACGAAGGGAACUACCACCAAACCUGGAGAAACAACCAUAUCAGAGGAAACAACAAUACAGGUUGAGACAACAAAACCACCUAAAAUAGUCACCACUGGCCCAGUCACAACCGCCACCACUGGUGUUGUUGAAACUACAACUUCAUUCCCAGGGGAAACAACCAAGAGUCAAGAAACAACAGUGGUUACAUCCAAACCCUCUAUUGUUACCACCACUACAAAAGGACCAUCAAUAACAACAAAGGGAACUACCACCAAACCUGGAGAAACAACCAUAUCAGAGGAAACAACAAUACAGGUUGAGACAACAAAACCACCUAAAAUAGUCACCACUGGCCCAGUCACAACUGCCACCACCGGUGUUGUUGAAACUACAACUUCAUUCCCUGGGGAAACAACCAAGAGUCAAGAAACAACAGUGGUUACAUCCAAACCCUCUAUUGUUACCACCGCUACAAAAGGACCAUCAAUUACGACGAAGGGAACUACCACCAAACCUGGAGAAACAACCAUAUCAGAGGAAACAACAAUACAGGUUGAGACAACAAAACCACCUAAAAUAGUCACCACUGGCCCAGUCACAACCGCCACCACUGGACCAUCAAUAACGACGAAGGGAACUACCACCAAACCUGGAGAAACAACCAUAUCAGAGGAAACAACAAUACAGGUUGAGACAACAAAACCACCUAAAAUAGUCACCACUGGCCCAGUCACGACCGCCACUACUGGUGUUGUUGAAACUACAACUUCAUUCCCAGGGGAAACAACCAAGAGUCAAGAAACAACAGUGGUUACAUCCAAACCCUCUAUUGUUACCACCACUACAAAAGGACCAUCAAUAACUACGAAAGGAACUACCACCAAACCUGGAGAAACAACCAUAUCAGAGGAAACAACAAUACAGGUUGAGACAACAAAACCACCUAAAAUAGUCACCACUGGCCCAGUCACAACUGCCACCACUGGAGGGCCCAAAACAACAAUUCCAAUAACAAAACCUUCCAUUUUAAACACCACUUCAUCUGCAACUACUAGCACAAAAUUGAUAGGCACAACAUCAAUUGGCCCAGUAACACAGACACUUCCUGGCUUUACAACUGUUUAUAAUACUGGUUCAACCACAACACCCCUGCUCAGUACAACUACCACAUUAUGUGCCUGUAUUGUCAAUGGAACUUCCUAUCGUCCAGGGGACUUGGUGUACAAUGUCACUGAUGGCUUAGGGUGGUGUUUCAUUGCACAUUGCAGUGCAUCUUGUAAAGUUGAGAAACAGUCCACUCCGUGUCCCACAACACCGAUACCUAGCACAACUGUACAUUCUACAGUGAUCAUCACUACUACAAAAUCAACCUUUUCUACGACCACAAGUAUUCCUACUUCCACUCCAUUAACAACUACCCUGGACUGCAAUGAUGAGUAUCCACCAAGAAAGAAUGGAGAGUCCUGGACAGUUAACAACUGCACCACAGCUAUUUGCACCAAUGGCAAGGUCACAAAGACACCUAAGCCCUGUCCCACAGUACAGCAACCCAUUUGUGCCAAUGGACGUAAAGUUGUGAAGGGCUAUGAUGAUAAUGGAUGCUGCCCCCACUAUGAAUGUGAAUGUGUGUGCAGUGUCUGGGGUGGAUCCAACUACAAUACAUUUGAUGGAAAAUCAUACCGUUUCAACAAAGACUGCUCUUACUACCUUGUCAAAGAGAUUAUAACCAAAUAUAACCUGACUAUUACAUUAAAUAAACAUGACUGUGAUCCUUCAGAAAUCACAUUCUGUCCCCAGGCUCUCACUGUUACAUACCAGUCCUAUGAGGUAGUACUGACUCGGCGGUUGAAGACUUCAGGAACAGAAGCUAAUGUGGUUUAUGUGAAUCAGAAACGCAUCUAUCCAGCUUACAGCAAUUCUGUCCUGCGCAUCAUUGGCACAGAUAUGAUAGUAUUAUUGAUUAUACCGGAGAUCAAGACACAAGUGUCCUAUAGGGGCUCCACAUUCAGCAUUGACAUUCCCAAUUCUCUCUUUGGUGGGAACACUGAGGGACAGUGUGGAACCUGUGACAACUCCCAGAACAAUGACUGUCGUUCUCCAAACGGCCAGGUGGAGAACUGCACAGAAUCUGCAGGCCAGUGGCGUGUGCCAGAUAUACCCUGUGUCACCCCCACAACCCCACCUACGAUAACUACUACAAUGACACCCCAGACCACCUCAACACCACCACAGUCAACAACCCAGUCUGUUUGUAAACCUGCCAUUUGUGAUCUCCUAACGAGCAGCGUAUUUGCUCCGUGCCACUCAGUCAUAGCCCCAGGACAAUUUGUGCAAUCCUGUGUGAAUGACAUUUGCAAUGGUGGCAAUGAUAGCUGUUCCAGCCUAGAGGCCUAUGCUUCUGAGUGCUCUAAUGCAGGAGUCUGUAUUGACUGGAGGAAUGACACCAAUGGGCAGUGCGAACACAAGUGUCCAAGUGGAAAAGUGUACAUGGCCUGUGGUCCUGCUGUAGAGCGUACGUGCAAUGAAAGAUACAACAAGAAGUUCGAUUUAUCAACUAACUACACUGAGGAGGGUUGCUUCUGUCCUGAAGGCACCACCUUAUUCAACACAGUCUAUGAAACAUGUGUUAAAUCCUGUGAUUGUGUUGGACCUAAUGGACAACCCAAACAGCCUGGUGAAACAUGGACAAGUGACUGCAGCAACUGUGUGUGUGACAAGGACUCAAUGAGUGUCCAGUGCCAGCCUGUUGAGUGCCCAUCAGUACAGAGUCCCAACUGCAGCGAGCCUGGCCAGCAGCUGGUCAACAAAACAGACGGCUGCUGCACAACGCAGUCAUGUGAAUGCAACACCAACCUGUGUCCCACUCCUCCCACUUGCAAAUUGGGAUUCUAUCUCACUGUCACUAACGACACCUGCUGCCAAUCCUACAAGUGUGAACCUAAAGGUGUAUGUAUCCAUGACAUGACUGAAUACAAACCUGGUGAAAAAAUACCCACCACACCACAAACAACAUCAGAACCACCAACAGAAGCACCACCAGUAACAAGGCAACCAUAUGGAACAACAGCAUCACCAUCAGGAACAGCAUCACCAUCAGGAUCGGGACAAACAUCUGGAACAACAAUGCAACCUUUCAAGCCUGGCCCCUGUCAGGAGUGUUAUUGUGGCCCCAAAAUGGAUCCCAUCACCAAGCUGAACAUCAUUAACUGCAAACCCGUUGUCUGCAAAACAGACUGCUCUGAAGGUUAUGAAUAUCAGACUGUACCUGGCAAGUGCUGUGGGAAGUGUGUUCAGAAGAGCUGUAUUUUCACCACACCUGACAACACAACGCAAAUCAUUGAGGUGAAUGACACUUUUGUACCCCCCAACAACAAGUGUGUGAAAUAUACAUGUGAGAAGAUCAAUGGACAGCUUGUUACUAAGGAGACCGAGACCACCUGUCCUCACUUUAAUCCUUUGGACUGUGAACCGGGCACCGAGACAACUGAUGCCAAUGGAUGCUGCAAAACCUGUAAGUUACGCAGUGUCUGUGAGGUCCAGAGUAAGGAGACAGUCAUCGAGGUGAACGGCUGUAAGAGCGUGCAGCCAGUCAACAUGACAUCCUGUGCUGGACACUGUGGAAGCUCAUCUAUAUAUUCUGCAGCGGCUAAUAAGAUGAUGCACCAGUGUGAGUGUUGCCAAGAGGCCUCCACCAGUCAGAAGCAAGUGGAGCUGACCUGUGCCGACAACUCCAAAGUCCAGCACACCUACACUGUCGUGGAAACGUGCAGCUGCAGUAAAACAGUGUGUGUGGAGGGGACCACAGCCAAACCACAGCGCCGCCGGAGACGCUGA